UGCCGUCAAACUCAGGCCAUUCUCCAACACGUUUACACCGAAAUCUGUGCGUAAGAGGAUAGCCCUUCCAGGCCCCGUUUUCCGCGUGUUUUAAUUAUUUAUUUCCGUGUAAACUGCAGUCUUGAUAUAAAAACAUUGAUGGUCGAUAAUAUAGCCCUGUGUUGAGGGCCCCGGGGAGAACUGCUCAGGAUUAUAAAGUCAUCUCAGACCUCGGUUCACAUUCAGAGACAUGGCUCGACCACGGCCGCGGGAAUACAAGGCAGGAGAUUUGGUUUUCGCUAAGAUGAAGGGAUACCCGCACUGGCCGGCGAGGAUUGAUGAGCUUCCUGAAGGAGCUGUCAAACCACCUGCCAAUAAAUACCCCAUCUUCUUCUUUGGGACCCAUGAGACUGCAUUCUUGGGCCCCAAGGAUCUUCUGCCCUACAAGGAGUACAAAGACAAAUUUGGCAAGUCCAACAAGAGGAAAGGCUUCAAUGAGGGUCUGUGGGAGAUUGAGAACAACCCCAGAGUCAAGUUCACAGGCUAUCAGGCCAUCCAGCAACAGAGUUCAUCAGAAACAGAGGAGGGUGGGAACACUGCUGACGGCAGUAGUGAGGGUGACGAGGGCGACUCUGUUGAGGAGGAAGAUGACAAGGAAAAGCUGAAGGGAGACAAGACGGGGUCCAAACGGAAAAAGACAGCCACCUCCACCAAGAAAUCCUCCAAGCUGUCAAGGAUCUCUUCUGGAGAGGACGACCUGGAGAAAGACAGGAAAGAUGAUGACCAGAAGAGCGGCUCAGAGGGAGGAGACCCCGACAACGACAUCAUCCAAAAUACCACCGACAGUAAGAACCAGCUGCUCAUAGAGGAACAUUAAGUGAAGAAAGCAUGAAAGGGAAAUCAUUCUUUGUAGCUCUGAUGUUGGAAAGGUGAAUCCACAACAUGAUUUCGCAUCAGCACCAUCCACUGGCCGCCAUCGCCUCUUCUUCUCUGCUGGACUCCGAAUAUGUUUGUAUGAAAGAUGCACCCAUACUGAUACUGAUCCCAGUCAUCCCGUUGAUACCGGGGUAAAAACUGGGCAUUAUGUCAGUUUUUUCAGUACUUCACUUUAAUAUCUCGGGCAGUGUCAUUUAAAGCUUCUUCAAUCAUGAACUCACUAAAAUAGACAGAUUAAGUUUUUUAAUCAAUUUUAUCGAGUGACUCUGAAUCCUUGUUUAUUGUGUUAAAUAGACAUUAAGUAUAGGAUAUUUAAAGGGGCAUUAAGUACUUGAAAACUUUCAUCAUGCUCACUGAAACCAUUAGGAGCUGUGUUAACUUUAACUGUUACAUGUAGCCUUUUUCCACUAGGGUCAUACUAAUAGCCCUGUCGGAAUGAAAAUUCUUUAAAUAGUAAGUAUACCCCUUUCAGAUCCUGUGAAGUGAUGUUUAUUUGUUAAGCAAUUAGUGGGUGGUGUGGGUGGCUCCAUUUCCCCUUUUUAAGUGCUGAUAUGAAGCAAAAUCUCUUGCUUUACAAAAGUAGUGGUAAAAAAGUAAUAAGUCCAUCUUUUUCAAAAGUUACACUCAAUUCAAUUUCAUUUGAAGGAAAAAAAUAUACAUAUCUGCAAGCAUUUGCGAUUUCAACAUUCUAAUUACUACCAUAAAUGUGUUUUGUUUUAUCUUGAGAACGAGGCUGUAGCAGAAAUGCAGAAAUGUGUUUUCUGUUGGUUAACAGCAACAACAAUGAUACUGAACUUGCAGAGAAACAUCUAUGAAUUAUGUUUAUAGCAAAGCAGCCCAGAUGGUAGCUAUUUGCUAGCUAGCCACAGCUCUGCUGCACUGAAACUGUAAUGGGGAUUGUUUAAUGUCAUUUUGCAUUUAUAUAAACAAUUCGAGUUCAGCCCUGGCCCAUCAAGAGUUAAUCUUCACAAAACAAUGUUUGACAAGUUUUAAAGGAUGAAUAGAAACGUAUAUUAGCAAAAUCGGAUGCAGGUUAACCUGUGUAAAUGAAUAGAUAAAUAAAUAGAGAAGAUAUUUUUUCCAGUGACGGUCACACAACCUCUUUAUUUUAGGCUAAUACUAUAUUAGUUAAUUUAAAGAAAUCCAAACUACUAUAUUAACAAAGGAAAUGGAAUAUAUAAAAUAUAAUGUAAAACAGAAUGUUGCAGCUUUAAGUUAACAUGACAACAUGAAGACACUUAAAUAGCUAAGACAAUGAUUAGCUACUUACUGUAGUAAGGCCGACAUGUCAAAUGGUUGGCUUUAUCUUUAUUUUUCUUAGUCUUCAUAACACACCUGUUCCAAGUAUUUUAAAUUUUAAUCACUUUCUCAGCUAAAAUGUCACUGGUAUUUAUCCAUAACUAUGUUACUCCCUACAUGUUUAUGUGCUAAGGAACAGCAAAAAUGACUACUUAUUGCCUCCUUGAAAAGUGACGUAAGGUGUUUUCACACUUAGUCCCUUUCAGUGAAUAGUCAUUAUUGUGAUUCGCUUCAAGUUUGUGCUGCAGUUCACUUAACCUGUGCAUUGUGAAUACAAAUCGCUCCAGGUUCAUGUCGCCGUUUGCCAAUGUAUUUUAGCUGAAGACAAAAUGGACAGAAAACAAUUGGCCUGAACCGUGGCCGCUGGUAACAACAGCAAGAUGGUGGAUCAGGAAAUAACUACUGUACUUCUCCAAAUAUAGAACCAACACAUCAAACAGCAACGGUCUACUAAAUUUAGUUUCCAGACAUGUCUCCGCAUAUGUAUAAUGCUGCAAUAUCAUAACUGCUCUCAGAACAGUAGAAGCUGAGUCAAAACAGCUUAAACUCCUGCUCCCUUCUGUGCUUGACAAAUUCCAACCUUUGUUAAUGGGACACCGUCAUGCCCAUGACAAUAACAGAAACGAUAGAUACAACACCCUACUAGUCAAGCUAGCUUCCAGAGAUAAUACCCUGCUGCCACUACAAGAGGACAGUAAAUUACAUGAUGAAUGCAAACAGGCAUCAGAUCCUUUCUGGGACAGAACACUGUUUUGAGAUCAGAUGUAAAGAGCCAUAUCUCUUCACUUUAGUAUCGUUCUAAUUGAUGUCUCUUUUUAGCUUUAACUGGGCUUUAACUGAGUUAAAUUGAAUACAAUAUACACUGCUUAAACAAAUUAAGGGAACACUUAAAUCAUACAUCGGAUCUUGAUGAACAAAUUAUUCAAGUUGAAAAUUUUUACUGAUGUACAAUAUAUAAUUUGUUGAGAACAAAAUGACGCAACAACGGUCAAUGGGAAACCAAAAUCAUCAAUCCACUGAGGGCUGGAUUCACAAUCACACCGAAAAUCAAAGUUAAAAUUUUAAAUCACAGGCUGAUCCAACUGAAUUUCAUCACGGUGAUUCAUAAUGUGACUCAGUAGUGUGUAUGGCCCCUGCGUGCCUGUAUGCACUCCUGUAUUCACACCUGUCACGUGUGCUCAGUGUGAACCUGCUCUCAUCUGUGAAGAGAACAGGGCGCCAAUGGUGGACCUGCCAAUUCUGGUUUUCUCUGGCGAACGCCUAUUGAGCUGCAUGGUACUGGGCUGUGAGCACAGGUCCCAUGAGAGGACAUCGGGAGCUCAUGCCACCCUUAUGGAGUCUGUUUCUGACAGUUUGGUCAGAAACAUGCACACCCGUAGCCUGGAGGAGGUCAUGUUGUAGGACUCUGGCAGUGCUUCUCCUGUUCUUCCUUGCACAAAGGAGCAGGUACCGGUCUAGAGAAGAAUCAGCAAGGAAGGAUCAGGAGAGAGCAACUGUCUGUGGCCACCACAUGUAAAACCAUUCCCUUUUGCCUCUCCAUUGCACCUGCAAAAAGAAGGUGCAGCACAGCGUCAGGUAUUGUGCAGAACCUGCCUUGCUACCGUUGCUACGUCACGGGGCAACACUACUAACCUGUAUCAGCACAACAAAGUCAUGUAUGAUAUUUACAUGGCUAAAAUGCCGACCACCAAUGUGUCAAGUAACCCAAAUACCACCCGACAAGGAUCACUGACCAAAAUGUUUGAAAGCAUACCUCCAUACGUAACGUAAUUCAAAACAGCACGGGGAAAUUACAGAGUUCAUAGGGAAGGAUAUGAUGACUCGCAGCAUGGUGACCAAUUCUGGGUUUAUGGCUUUGAUAAAUACACUGGAUAAGCGGUACAGCAUGCCCUCCCACACAUAUUUUAGCCAGGUUGUCAUACCGGAGCGAUGUAAAAAAAAUGCAAGAUGAGAGUCACAGCGGAGCUGAAAACAGCGAGUUUUUCACUACUACAACUGACAUCUGGUCAAGCCGUACAGCAGAGCCGUAUCAGAGUCUUACAGUGCAUUUCAUUAAUGAAGACUUUGACCAGCUGGGAUCUCCAUGAAGAGAACCAUGUCUGCAUAACGACGGACAAUUUUACAUACUUACAAGACUGUAAACAAAUCGGUCAAUAUACUACUGUGAUUGAAGUAGUUAAAUAAAAAUAUGUCAUUAAUUUAUAUUUAUUUCAUCAUGACAUAUAGGCCUGGCCUACAAGAAAGAACAGUUUAUGUUUAAUCUGUCUAAUAUUGUGUUAGUCAUAAUAUAUAAUGAUUUAUUGCUUGUAUUUGUUGAAUAAUACAGAAGAUAAGGAACUCUAAAAAAUAAUUGCAUAUUAAAUCGCAAUCGCAAUAUUGGUAAAAAAAAUCACAAUUAGAUUAUUUUCCCAAAUCAUUCAGCCCUACUCAGAAAGUCAGUUUUACAGGGGUUUGUGGAAUCUCUGUCACAAAAAAAUGGUACAUUGGUGCAUCUCUACUCUGUAUGUGAUAUGGUAUAAUACCAACUUGACACUGCAUGUCACAUUCAGGUCAGGUGAAACGGGGUUGAGGUGGCUCGUGUUCUUCCCACAAUCACAGUGUAGAUAGCCAUCAGUCAGUAUUUAUACUGUCCUGUGUAAACCCAUCUGUGCCGUCUCACUCAUGCUCACCUGUCACUCUGUACAAACGCAUUUGAUAAGACCUCCACAUACUCUCCUAUUGUCUAUGAUAUAUGUUGGGUAUUGCAGUGUACUGGUCACUAUAGCUUUAAAUAGCUUUUUUACAAGGAUAAUUAUAGAAGGGGCUGAUUAUGGAAUAUUCGGUAACUGUCAAAUUAUCCAUCACGCUAUGUUACUCUUUUAUGUAACCAGAAAAAGACGAAUGGAAAAACAUAGAUAAAUGUAUGAAGUGUUGUGCACAACUGGGUUACACAUUGUAACUCAAUGUUAACUAUAUCUGUAUAUUUUACUUUUGUUGUAGAAUAUAGGACCACUAUUCUACUUGGACUGCUCUAGGUAACAGCUCAUCUUUAUAUGGAGAAGUGAUACAUCUGUUCUGUGUAUCUGUGAAAUAGAUCACUGUAUAUUUCAAAGCUUUUUAUAGUGGCAUGCUCUGCUGUUGUUCUCCAGAUCAUUCUUUUAUCAAAGUGUUAAUUGGUUCCUAGUUUAAAAUCAGAUACUUGUUGGUAUGUUUGGGUUUGGAGGUAGAAGAAAUACACAAUCCACUUUUUUCUUUUGCUUUGUCUCUAUGUCUAAAGCAGAACCACAUUAACUUUAUGGACACUGAGCUGUGAAGGUGGUUUCUCAUCUGAAUCAUUGUGAACAACAUGCAGUGUGAUAAUGCAGUUUAAAUUGCCAAACCUGUCAUUGUCUCUCUUACUGUUUACUUAGACUGAUGACACCACGCUGCUUUGUCUUUUAACUUUGUGCCAGUUGCCUUUACUUUGCUUCCACUAUUUUUGUCUUGAGAUAAAGAAUUAUUUAUUUUUUGAUGAUUGAUGAAUAAGACAACUUCUCUAUGUAAACUCAUGUUUUUUUUAUUCCCUUGAAACCUUUGUUAUUCUCAUAUUUGGAACAUGUUUUGGAUUUUCAAGGUUUGUAAUUUACAGUAAACUGUUUUUGCUGUUUAUGGAGGAGACUUUUACAAAAUAAAAUAAUUGGAAUGCAUAGAAA